CGCGCGCUCUGAUUGGUGGAAACACGUGCGCGUUGUUUUGUAACUCUUACACAUAAACAAUGUUUUGUAACUGAGAAGUUAGUUUGUUGUGUGAUUGUUCAGUGGAGCGGCGACAGGCGGAAAACACGAAGGCGGACCAUGUCUCCGGUACCGGUACCCAGAGUGACUCUGUCCGGGGGUCUGGAGGUGUGCAGGGUGCUGAACGGGAUGUGGCAGGUGUCCGGGGCGCACGGACCGGUGGACAGAGCCGCGGCAGUUAAGGACAUGCAGGCGUAUGUCGAUGCUGGACUGACCACAUUCGAUAUGGCAGACAUUUAUGGGCCUGCAGAGGAAAUAUUUGGACUGUUUAAUAGUCAGCUGAAGUCUAAAUCGUCAGAGACGUCCGUCCCGGCUCUGCAGGGUCUGACCAAAUACGUGCCUCGACCUGGACCGAUGGAGCGCAAGGUGGUGGAGAAAGCGCUGCAGCGCUCCAUGGCUCGCAUGCAGGUGGACUCUCUGGACUGUGUUCAGUUCCACUGGUGGGACUACAAAGAUAAGAGAUACCUGGACGCCCUGGGACACCUGUCGGACCUGCAGCAGGAAGGAGUCAUACGUGAGCUCGCCCUCACCAACUUUGACACACAGAGACUAGAAGAAAUCACCAACAAGGGCAUCCGGAUCUCCAGUAACCAGGUUCAGUACUCUGUGGUGGACCAGCGGCCUGCAGCCCGGAUGGAGCAGUUCUGUGUGGCCAACAACAUUCAGCUCCUGACUUAUGGCACUCUAGCUGGCGGUCUGCUCUCUGAGCGUUAUCUGGGGAGGGCGGAGCCUCGGUCUCGGGAGGAGCUCUACACCGCCUCCCUCUCCAAGUACAAGAACAUGAUCAACUCUUGGGGCGGAUGGAGCCUCUUCCAGGAUCUCCUGGUCACCUUGGAGACGGUUGCCAAGAGACACGGCUGCUCAGUGGCCAGCGUGGCGACGCGCUACGUGCUGGACCGCCCCGCGGUGGGCGGCGUCAUCGUGGGCUGCCGGCUGGGUGUCGCAGGGGCGGGGCAGCACAUCAGCGACAGUCUGCGGAGCUGCAGCCCCGAGCUGAAGCUGACGGCGGACGAUCUGGCCGCCAUCGAAGCCGUGACGUCCCGCUCCAGGGACCUCAUGGCGUCGAUCGGAGACUGUGGGGACGAGUACAGAGGCUAGAGACCAAAGAGGGGGCGGAGCCGAAGCUGCAGACGAAGGAGGGGGGUGUAGCUGACGCUUUUUGUUUGCGUUAUAUUUAAGAGUUUACAAAGAAAAUAUAAUUUCCUUGUGUUUAGAUGCCACCUGUGCAUCAUACAGAUCAUAUUGUGUGGCUCUUCUGUCUUCUCUUUAUUAUUUUAAAGGCAGUUUGUGCAGCUUUGACAGAUUAAGAGACUGGGGAGUGGAAGAUUGGGAACAGUCGGUCAUGAAUGUAAAUUAUAGUUGACCAAAUGAAAGAUUGCAAGACUCAAUGAAUGUUGUGACAUUUAGCUUUUAACGAAAUGACUAAAUGCCAAAAACUAUGAACUGAAAGCAAAUUGAUCUACAAGUUUCUGCCUGUUAAGUGAGAAGAGGAUUUCUCUCUUUUGCUCUAUUUUAUUUAAUAAAAGGCUCAUGCAGUAAUUGACACUAUUGUAUACAUUUCUUUUUAGGUUUACUGUCAGCAAUUUGC